AUGCGCUCUCCGGCCCACGCUUUGUUGCGAAAAUUAGGGGGCGAGGUCCUGCGGUCCAGGCGCGCCGCGCGGCUAGACGCGGCGGGCGGGGCAGAGGAUGGAGGCGGUAUCAUCGUUCGCUGCAACGGUCGGGGCUGCGCGUGAGAGGGUGGCUGUGUAAGCACCCUAGCUGAGUGGAGGCUGGCGGGAGCCAGACCAUGACGAGAGACCCUCGCCUUUGGGUUCCCUGAGGUGCGCUCCCUGAAGUCCCGGGGAGCUGUCGCCCAUGGGCUCUCUGAGCAGCCGAGUGCUCCGCCACCGAGGGCGAACCCGAGCCCAACCGGAGCCGGGUGCCGGGACGGGGGGCUCGGUCCGUGGGCCCAGGACAGGCGGCGACGCAACCGGCCACAGUUUCUGUUACUGCCCGGGUAGCCUCAAGCGCAAGCGGAGCAGCGGGGCCUUCUGCUACUGUCACCCUGACUCCGAGACGGACGAGGAUGAGGAGGAAGGGGACGAGCAGCAGCGGCUCCUCAAUACCCCUCGAAGGAAAAAAUUAAAGAGUACGUCCAAAUAUAUUUAUCAGACAUUGUUUUUGAAUGGUGAAAAUAGUGACAUUAAGAUUUGUGCCCUAGGAGAAGAGUGGAGCUUACACAAAAUAUAUUUAUGUCAAUCUGGCUACUUUUCUAGUAUGUUCAGUGGCUCUUGGAAAGAAUCCAGCAUGAAUAUUAUUGAACUGGAAAUUCCUGACCAGAAUAUUGAUAUAGAAGCAUUGCAAGUUGCAUUUGGUUCACUGUAUCGAGAUGAUGUCUUAAUAAAACCUAGUCGAGUUAUUGCCAUUUUGGCAGCAGCUUGUAUGCUACAGUUGGAUGGUUUAAUACAGCAGUGUGGUGAGACAAUGAAGGAAACAAUUAAUGUGAAAACUGUAUGUGGCUAUUACACAUCAGCAGGGACCUAUGGAUUAGAUUCUGUAAAGAAAAAGUGCCUUGAAUGGCUUCUAAACAACUUGAUGACUCAUCAGAAUGUUGAACUUUUUAAAGAACUCAGUAUAAAUGUCAUGAAACAGCUCAUCGGUUCAUCUAACUUAUUUGUGAUGCAGGUGGAAAUGGAUGUAUACACAGCUCUUAAAAAGUGGAUGUUCCUUCAACUUGUGCCUUCUUGGAAUGGAUCUUUAAAACAGCUUUUGACUGAAACAGAUAUCUGGUUCUCUAAGUGGAGAAAAGAUUUUGAAGGUAUGGCCUUCCUUGAAACUGAGCAAGGGAAACCAUUUGUGUCAGUAUUCAGACAUUUAAGGAUACAGUAUAUAAUUAGUGAUCUGGCCUCUGCAAGAAUUAUUGAACAAGAUUCCCUAGUACCUUCAGAAUGGCUGUCUUCUGUUUAUAAACAGCAAUGGCUUGCUAUGCUUCGAGCAGAGCAAGACAGUGAGGUGGGGCCUCAAGAAAUCAAUAAAGAAGAACUAGAGGGAUAUAGCAUGAGGUGUGGAAGAAAGCUUGCCAAAGACGGUGAAUACUGCUGGCGGUGGACAGGUUUUAACUUCGGCUUUGACCUGCUUGUAACAUACACCAAUCGAUACAUCAUUUUCAAACGCAAUACACUUAAUCAGCCAUGUAGUGGAUCUGUCAGUUUACAACCUCGACGGAGCAUAGCAUUUAGAUUACGUUUGGCCUCUUUUGAUAGUAGUGGAAAACUCAUAUGUAGUCGAACAACUGGGUAUCAAAUACUUACACUUGAAAAGGAUCAGGAACAAGUGGUGAUGAACUUGGACAGCAGGCUUCUGGUCUUCCCUUUAUAUAUCUGCUGCAACUUCCUGUAUAUAUCACCAGAAAAGAGACCUGAUAAUAAUUGUCACCCAGAAAACUGAGGAUCUCAUCAGUUGAAACCAGUAGCACUUUGGAAACUUUUUAGGCCAGCUUUAAUUUAAUGGCUCUACAUAUAAUCACAUCUAAGGUGACUAAUAACGACAAAGGCCUUAUGAACUAUAACAGAUAAUAGAGAAGACUAUUCUUAUCCUCAUUACAUUUCUAUGCAUAUAAGAAAAAACAUUUUAAAGCCAAGAAAAUAUCUGUCAAACCAUUUAUGUUACAAAGAUGUCAACUCAUGCUUUUGAUUAGCAUCAGUACAGAAUUGCUGUAGAUAAAUCCCACAUGUCUCUGCAACCAAAUACACAUUUAAUUUUUAGUUUAAACUUUGACCCUCUCUGAUGUUAGUGAACCUCAGUUAUCCAUCUGUAAAUUUAUUUUUUAUUUGGCUAAAAGAUUAAAGGAAUCAUUUAUAUGGCCAAUUAUAUAUGCC